AUGGAGUCUCAGCGUCACCGCCGAGUCGCCCAACCCAUAGCCGUCCAGGGGUCGUUAAGGUUCUUUGCACUUGUCUCGAGCGCAAGCGAGGAGGGACUCACAUGCCCGAACCGAGACGAGUCCAUCAGGCGUCCUGUUGAGGAAGACUUCGGCUGCGCUGCCUGUAUUGCCGUGUCGAUGGGCGACUCACUUGCCUGGGAAGCUGGCGCCGGGAGCCUUCAGUCCAGGUGGCCAACAAGGGGCGUGCCGCCCGGCGGGACAGUGGGUUUCAUCUCCAGCUUCCGCGGGUCAUGGGACAGUAUCGUUGGAAACGUCGGUCGGUCCAUGAUGCGUGCACGAAGCGAGAGACGUCCGCAUGAAGUGAUCUGCGGCAGUCCCGCCCGUCGUGCCUUCCCUCCCGCUGCCCCAGCGCCCCAGCCAAUGUCAGUGUCGAUGGGAGCGUCAGUGUCACUGUGCCGUAUCAGAUGGGCAGGCAGGAGCGCAUCGCGCACAUGCCCCGUGAUGUUCACGUCCAUGGGUUUUCAAUGCCAAAAUGCCUCCACUGCACUCUUUCUCCUUCCUUCAACAUUCCCUAUCCUUCGCAUCACUACCUACCUCGCAGCUUCGCAUUGUAUCCUUCGUGACGGCAAAAAUGGCCCGGCUCAACCGUUCGGUUGCGGACGCCGUGGCUUGACGGUGGCGCCUCUUCAACUCAGCACACCCACGGAAGCCAGCGCAUCCCCGGCCCCCAUUGCCCCAGUAUGCGCAUUGGUCUGGGCCCCGGCUCCACGACCCUCGAAAAUCACCUGCGAAUCGCCAAAGCCUAAUAAUCAGCCCCCCGAGAGCAACGCUGCCAGCCGGCCAACCUGGCCGUACGUCGAGGUACCGUCGUCCACUUUACUGCGAGGGGCGGUACUCGCAGACUGCGGGUGUGGGAACACACACGGCUGCAGCAAGAUCGGUCCGCUAGUCGAGCCUCUCUCGUGUCGCGCCGAGCUACUUAUUUUGGGUCGCAGGAGCAGCAGGGAGAGAGACACACACCAGCAGGCCCCAAACGGGGGCCCGUCGUUUCCCCCGUAG